CCCUUCACCGAGGGAUGCGUGGCUGUGUUGGGAUGCUGGGGAGGGGAUGGUGCCCAGCAGAGCCAGGCGUGUGAGCUGCGUGCCGGGCAGGGCAUGGCCCUAUGUGACUCCGUGGGGAAACUUCAACUGGGUGGCAGUGGCUCCUGGCAUGGGAUGGGCUCCUGGCAUGGGUAGAGCCUGGGUGCUGCAACUAGGGGUAGUGGGGAUGGGGAAAGGGAUGGGGAUGGAGGAGAUACGGUGAGAAUAGAAUGAGGAUGGGGUGGGGAUGGGGUGGCAGAGCCGACGCUGCAUCACCAGGCUGAGCCCUGCCAGCAUCCAGGUGAAGAGUGGCUGUGUCCCCAGCGGGGCAGAAUUCCCCCAUCACCCCAGCAUGCCACCAGUUCUGCGCGGUGACAGUUAAAUGUGGCCAACUCUGCUUCACCCCAUGGUGUCCUGACACCUUGCAGGGUUCCACGGGACCACCGGGACCAGCCACUUCGCUUCAAAGAGAGUCUGUGGGCUCCCCAACACCCACCCUGCCCCAGUGGCCAAGCCCCCAGCAGCACCCACCGGCACACAGGCUCCAUCCCGACACCCAGCACCGCAGGGCCUUAUGCCCUGGGCAUGACAAGCAGCUGCCCCAUGCACUGACAGCGAGGCUGUAGGGCCACCCUGUACCCCUCAUGCCUCUGUCCCACGGAGCCGCCUGCCCCCCAUCGCGUCCGGCUGCCCCCCGUGCCGCAGCCACCAUGGGCGAAGCGCCCGAGCCGUCCUCGCAGGCAUCGCUGGCCGUCCUCUCCAAGGUGGAGCUGAGGGUGAGCUGCAGGCACCUCCUGGACCGUGACACCCUCAACAAGUCGGACCCCUGUGUCCUGCUGCUCAUGCAGUCCCAGGGCCAAUGGGUGGAGGUGGACCGCAGCGAGGUCAUCAAGAGCAACCUGAACCCUGUAUUUGCCAAGAUCUUCACGGUGGAUUACUACUUUGAGGAGGUGCAGAAGCUGCGCUUUGAGGUGUACGACAGCCAUGGGCAGGCCGGCGUGGGCACACAUGAUGAUGAUUUCCUGGGGGGCAUGGAGUGCACUGUGGGACAGAUUGUGGCACAGAAACGGGUGACGAAGCCGCUGUUCCUCAAAUAUGGGAAGUUUGCGGGGAAAUCCACCAUCACGGUCAUCUCUGAGGAGAUCUCAGGGAACAAUGGCUACGUGGAGCUGGCCUUUAGGGCGAAGAAGCUGGAUGACAAGGACCUUUUCAGCAAGUCUGACCCCUUCCUGGAGAUCUACCGCAUCGACGAUGAUAGCAGUGAGCAGCUGGUGUACCGCACUGAGGUGGUGAAGAACAACCUGAGCCCCAUCUGGGAGCCCUUCAAGGUCUCUCUGAACUCCCUCUGCAGCUGUGAGGAGAAGAGGAAGCUGAGGUGCGUCGUGUGGGACUACGACUCACGGGGAAAGCAUGACUUUAUCGGAGAGUUCUUCACCACCUUCGAGGAGAUGCAGAAGGGUGGGGCUGAACCCGGGCAGCGCGGGUGCCGCAUGCUGCAGGUGCAGUGGGAGUGCAUGAACCCCAAGUACAAAAUCAAGAAGCGCAACUACAAGAACUCGGGGAUCGUGGUGCUGCUGGACCUGAAGAUCCACAGGGUCUACUCCUUCCUGGACUACAUCAUGGGCGGCUGCCAGAUCCACUUCACGGUGGCCAUCGACUUCACAGCCUCCAACGGGGAUCCCCGCAACAGCUGCUCCCUGCACUACAUCAACCCCUACCAGCCCAACGAGUACCUCAAGGCGCUUGUGGCGGUGGGCGAGAUCUGCCAGGACUAUGACAGCGACAAGAAGUUCUCUGCUCUGGGCUUUGGUGCGCGGAUCCCCCCCAAGUACGAGGUCUCCCAUGACUUCGCCAUCAACUUUAAUCCUGACAACGACGAGUGCGAGGGCAUUCAGGGUGUGGUGGAGUCCUACCAGAGUUGCCUGCCCAAAAUCCAGCUGUAUGGCCCCACCAACGUGGCCCCCAUCAUCACUAAGGUGGCCCGCGUGGCAGCCGAUGAGGAGCGCACCAAGGAGGCAUCGCAAUACUUCAUCCUGCUGAUCCUGACGGAUGGCGUGGUGACAGACAUGGCGGACACCAGGGAGGCCAUCGUCCGUGCCUCCUACCUGCCCAUGUCCAUCAUCAUCGUGGGGGUGGGCAACGCCGACUUCACCGACAUGCAGAUCCUGGAUGGUGACGACGGCAUCCUGCGCUCCCCCCGGGGUGAGCCUGUGCUGCGUGACAUCGUCCAGUUUGUCCCCUUCCGUGACUUCAAGAACGCGUCCCCGACGGCGCUGGCCAAGUGCGUGCUGGCCGAGGUGCCCAAACAGGUGGUGGAGUACUACAGCUACAAGGCCUUCCCCCCGCGCUGCCCCCAGCCCCACACCCCUGACUCCAGCCUGGGCUCGCCCCAGUGAGUGUGCCUGUAUGGGGACGAGGACAGCCCCAGUGUUGCUGCGGGAUGCUGUGCCACAUUAUUUGGGGGUGGCUGAGUCCCCAGCCCCCCAUGUUCCAACUCCAUUCCCUGCUGUCCCCGUGGUUCCUGUGCUCCGUGCUUGUCUGUCUCCUUGUUGUUUUGAGGCUGCAUGACAAACCCAUCCUUGGGCCAAUAAAGCAAGCUGCCCUUUCCCUCUGCCAUUUGCUCUCUGGGCACGGGGACCCAUGGAGUGCUGCUGCAUCACACAGAAUCCCCAACCACUGGCACCAUGUGGGGUGUGGGGAUGGGGGGAUGCAGCCCACUGCUCCGCUCUGGUGCCCUACCCGUGGGUACAGCUUCAUUCUGUAGCAGGAAGGCAGCGAUGGAAGGGAACAAAAACUGAAAGCGGCUCCCAGCUGCCCAGCACCUGGCCACGUCUCUCAUUAGCAGGGAUUUGUCACUUGAAAGCCACCGGCUGCUGAAUGAGAGGAGAGGCAGCAGCGCUUUGUAGCUGCUGUACUUUUUUGCUUUCAAGUUGUGCUGCUGCUGCCCCACCGUGCUGCCUCGGCAGCAUGAAAAUCCAGGGCAUGGAGGCAGGGAGAGGUGCCCUCCUGCACGAUGCCUGUGCCGUGUGUCACGUGCCGUGUGCUGUGCUGGCUGUUCUUGGUGCUGUGCCAUGUUGUGUGCCUUGUGUGUGCCACGUACCCUGUGCCAAGGUGCUGAGUGCUGCGCCGCAUGCUGCGUGCCAUGCCAUGUGCUGUGUGCUGGGCCUUGUGCCAUGCCAUGGGCUGCCUGCUGAGUGCUGCUGUGUGCCAUGCGUUGUGCUGAUGUGCUGUUUUGCCCUGCACUGUUUGCCAUGCGCAAUGUGCUGCGUGCCAUGUGCUAUUUGCCAUGCACAAUGUGCCAUGUGCUAUUUGCCAUGUGCUAUUUGCCAUGUGCUGUGUGCCACACGCCGUGUGCUGCAAGCCCUGUUCUAUGCACAGUGCCACUGCUGUGUGCCCCAAGCCCUGCCCCAUGUGUCCCCACUGGGGCUGUGCUGUUCCCUGGCAGGGUGAUGGCACGGGGCUUGUCCUUGCAGCCGUGCCCGCAUGCUGUGGCUGCGUCCCUGUCCCAGAGCAGCACUGUUGGGUGUGGGGAUGCUACCGGCAAUGGGCAGAGCACGGUGCCCAAUCCAUCAUAUUUAUAGCGCCUGAUUCAUUCCAAUCAAGCCAGAUAACGGACGUUGCCAUAGAAACCCAUUGGGGCUGCGGCUGUGUUCGGCCCUUGGUACGGGCAGGGAGGGCUGAGACCCCCCCCCCCGCCAGGGCUGUGUCCCUCCGUGGGUGUGGGGUGUGCGCUGCCACUAGUCGAUGUUCAGGUGAUGGGGUUCACUAUCUCUUUAUGAUCUCUUUGUAAGGCUGCUGCUGGCAGGCAGCCGGGGAUGGGGCAGGCGGUGCCGCAGGGCACGAGGGCAGUGCAGGAGAUCCGGGAAUGCGCUGGGAUGGAGUUCCACAGUCAUGCUAUAGGAUGUC